AUGGCUACUACUGAGGCCAUGAAGAACGAAAGUCCUGCCGAGGACACUACCGUCCAGCAAACCGAGGAGCACCAGCUUGCAUCCGUCAAGUCUUUCGAUUUUGAUCAACUAGAAGCUGCUGCUCAUGCGCAACAAAAAAUCGAACACGAACUCACGAGAUGGCAAGCAAUCAAGGCUUAUCCAAAGGCAUCAGCUUGGAUUCUGUUUAUGGUUUGGCUGAUGAUAUUGGUGGGUUACGAAGGCCAAGCCGGAAGUAUUGUGGUCUCCAUCCCGCAAUUCAGACAAGACUUUGGACACUGGUAUGAAGACCAAUAUGUUUUGGAGACGAAAUGGCAAUCCGCUAUCUCUGGUGCUCCACUUGCGGCUAUUGCGUUUUCAUCGAUGACAUCUUCAUGGUUCGCAGACAGAUUCGGAAGAAAAUGGAUCAUUGUUGCCGGUCUUGUCGUUUCCGUUCCUAGUAUCGCUAUUGAAUUCGUCGCGACUACAAUCAAUGUAUUUAUGGCCGGAAAAAUGGUCAACGCGUUGUGUUUGGGUAUUUUUUCUACAAUGGCAAUCAGUUAUGUAUCCGAAGUUUCGCCUUUGGCUUUGAGAGGUUUGGCUGCAGGUGCAUGUUCGCUCUCAUUGUGCAUAGGUCCCUUCAUCUGUUACCUUAUCAACAAUAAAACAGCAACUUACACAUCGAGGAUGGCAUACAGAGGAGUUUUCAUCCCACAGUGGGUAUUCUCAGUCUCAUGCCUUUUUUUUGCGCCAUUCAUGCCUGAGUCUCCUUACUACUUCAUUCGAAAAGACAGAAACGAGGAUGCCUUGAAGAGCUUGAAGAGAUUAUACACCCCAACUCAAGCAUACCAACAGUUUGCCAUCAUGAAGGUGACUUACGAGGAGCUCAAGCUGAUUACACAGUCAUCGACCUACCUUGACUGUUUCAAGAAGAAGGAUAUCAAGAGAACUUUCACAAUUUUGUUUGCGUUUUUUAUGCAACCAAUGUCGGGAGUUACCUUCAUUUCCUCGUAUUCUACCUACUACUUCCAGUAUGCAGGGUGGUCUACCCAACGUUCAUAUCAGUUGAGUUGUGGCGGUCAGGCGUUAUCGAUCACUGGUGUCAUUACGUCUUGGUUCAUCAUCGAUAGAUUUGGACGCAGACCAUUGAUGCUUUAUGGUAUCACUGCUUUGACUGUGUUGAAUUUGAUUGUUGCCUGUGCAGGCUUGAGCGAAAACAACUAUGGUGCUAUGGUAGCUGCAUCCGCAUUCAUGGUGAUGUACAACUUCUUUUAUAACCUCGGUAUAGGUCCCUUGCCAUAUAUCAUGGCCACAGAGGUGUCUUCUGUUAGUUUGAGAGCAAAGACUAUGGCGCUUGCUACCCUUACAAACUAUGCAUUCCAAUGCAUGUGGUCGUUUGUUUUGCCAUACAUGUUUAACGCAGACCAGGCUGAUAUGGGUUCCAAGAUCAACUUCAUUUUCACGGGUAUGUCAUUCUUGUCGAUUUUUGUGUUCUACUUCAUCCAACCGGAAACCGCUGGAAGGUCUUUUGAAGAGAUCGACGAGUUGUAUGAUAAAAACAUUCCCCUAAAGGAGUGGAAGUUAUACAAGACUCAGAAGCAACAAGAUAGCGACAGGUUCUAUGACGAUUUGAAGCAAGAAGUUUCUCACGUCGAGUAUAAUUCUGAGCCAGAAGUAGCUUGA